AUGGCGAUGGUAUUGCGUUAUGUAAACAAAGAAGAAGAAGCAAUUGAAAAGUUUUUGUGUGUUCAACAUGUCUCCUCUACAACUAGUAGCUCGCUUGAAGAGGCUAUUGAGAGAUUCUUUGCUACAACAAAUUUGAGUAUGUCCAAGGUACGGGGACAAGGCUAUGAUGGAGCUAGUAAUAUGAAAGCCGUGGUGGAGGUGCUUGAAUGGAUUAAAGAUGAUAACAACCAAGACAAUUUUGAUGAAACAAUUACAAAUGAGUUAUCACAAGCAUUACAAAAGAAAAAUCAAGAUAUUGUGAAUGCAAUGGCGUUAGUGGAAGUAUGCAAGCAAAGACUACAAUCCUUGAGAAAUGAUGACUUUGGGGACUUGCUUGAUGAUGUACAAAAGUUUUGUCAAGAACAUGAUAUUGUUGUUCCUAACAUGGAGGAUUUGCAUUUCGUACCCGGAAAAUCAAGGCAUAAAGCUCCAAGACUCACAAACUUCCAUUACUAUCAUGUGAACCUUUAUGUUCAAGUUCUUGAUACGCAAUUAAAGGAAUUGAAUGAUCGCUUCAAUGAGGUAAACACCGAGUUGUUUCUUUGUAUGACAUGUUUGAGUCCGGUGAAUAAUUUUGCAUCUUUUGACAAAGCAAAAAUUGUUCGUCUAGCUCAACUUUAUCCUCAAGAUUUUGAUCGUAUGGACCUCAUAAAUCUUCCAAUUCAACUUGACAAUUACAUUCACGAUAUGAAGAUGCAUAGUGAGUUUUCAUCAUUGAGAGGAAUUGGUGAUCUUGCAAAGGAGUUGGUGAAGACCGGGAGCUGUGCAAGCUAUAUAUUAGUGUAUAAGCUUCUUACAUUGGCUUUGGUGUUAUCGGUUGCAAUCGUUUCGGUGGAGAGAGCUUUUUCUGCUAUGAAUAUUGUGAAAACACCAUUGCGUAACAAAAUGGGAGAUCGAUGGUUGAGUGAUAGCAUGCUUGCUUACAUUGAGAGAGAUGUAUUUGCUUUUAUUGAGCCUAUUAUGCGACUUUUUCAUAAUAUGAAACAUUGUCGGUAA